AUGUUUGCAUCGUCGGGAUUUUCCCUUGUGUCUGCGUUUUCCGACGAUGGUCAACGAUUAAACCGAUCCCAGAAGAUUCAUCGAGAGAAUGAGCGGACCAAUCUUCUAACAAUAACAAGAAUUGUGUUGCGGGCAUUCCUGGAACAGUGUAUGGCUGACAAUAAUCGAAUACUUGAAUGUGAUACCCAACAAAUCAGUGAUUUACUUAUGAUGCUUGAGAAAAUCUUAUGGCACGGAUUCAAGGCUCCAGGGCAGAAAUCGCUGAUUGUCAUGAAAAGUCCUGAUGCAGAAAUGUGGGCCACUAUUGUGAAAAUAGCGAGAACGGAUGCGGCUAUGCUAGAAACUGCUACUUGUGUCGAUCAAAUCGAAUCGUUACUCACGCCAAUAUCUCGGCUGCGCGCAUUCCUCCGACUUGCUAUGAUGCAGAAAAAGCUUUUCGAUUUUUUCACCGUCAUAGCCAACUCCCCUCUAUUGAAAACUUUCUAUGAGGACUGGGCGCUGUUGCGGCAAGAAGAAAUCGUGCAACUAACCGGUGCCCUUCUUGGUUUGUCAGUGGUGGACUGCAAUCUUGUGCUAGAACAUGAUCAUCUCCAGGAGCAGCCGCUAAGUGUUGACUUAUCCCUGUAUAUACGUACACCCACUAUACCUACUGACGGUGAAGAUUCUGUUGCAAAUGGAACUGCUAGUCAUAACAAAGAGAAGAAAAUGCUUCUAGACCAGAACAAUUAUCUCGAAGAGAGGAAUAGGCAGUUGCAGUGA